ACUCCCACGCUGUGGAGGGCCUUAAAGCGCCCCCCCCCCCCCCCCCCCCCCCCGGCCGAACACAGCGCCCAGAGGCCGCCGCGAGAGAGCCGCAGUCAACAAAGCCUCAGCUCUGCUCCUCCUCCGUCUCUGCCCCUCUUCCUCCUCGUCGUCCAUUGGUGCCGCUGCUCUCCGAGCUUCUCGCCGCCGCCUCAGCACAGCACGGCACCGGCACAGCACAAAAGCCGGGCAGCAUCAGGGCGAAGGCGAAGGCGAUGGAGGUGGAGGCGAUGCUGGAGGACGACGUGUUCUUCGCCGAGCUCAGCAAGCGGAUAUCGCUGCUCAUCACCGACGACGACGAGGGCGCCGCCGACUUCGCCGCCGCCGCGCAGUUCAUCCCCGCCGCCGCCGCCGCCGCGCCCCUCACGGGGUUCGCGUCGCUCGGCCAUGUGCCGCCGCGGCAGCAGCAGGGGGGCGCCUCGUCGUUGCUGGUGCCACCGCCCUACACGUUGUACCACCACCACCACGGCGCCAGCUACGGCGGGGACAGCGCCGCCAGGGCGGCGGCGUGGCAGCAGCACGGCAGCAAGGGCACCGGCGUGUUCAUCCCGCGGUCCACGCCCGGGGCCGCGCACCCCAAGAAGAAGAGCAAGAACAGGGGCGCCGCCGCCGCCGCCGCCGCCAAGGCCGCGCGGGCGGCGCAGGCCGGCGCCAACGCCCUGGCCGCCGGCGGGCCCGCCAAGAAGCGCGCCUGAUGUGAAGACCUGAACCUUUCAUCAUCGGCAUGAAUCAAAAACGAGAAAAAAAAAAGCACAACUAACUCCAGAUGCAGUGCAACAACAGUGCCAGCGGGACCGGGCCGGGCCGGAUUAGUUAAUCUGUUUAAUUAAUUAUUAAUUUAAGUUAUUAUUACCACUGGUAUUAUAUGGUAAAUAAUAAGCCAAGGGAGGGGGGGGGGGGAGGAACAUGGGCCGGGGGCGCCGCCGCGCAAAUAAUCUGUGUGCAUAGUGGCUGGUGGCGCCGUAGUUCCUUUCCUUUUUUUUAAUCGGGCGAUUUAUUAAUUAUUUUCUAUUUCUUUCUUCCAACCAUUUUUGUAAGAUGAUGAAGUGAAUUCGAUUGGUGUACUACUAGUACUAGUGCUGGAUGGAAGAGAGUGGAAAUGUCAAUGAACAAAUGAUUGGUGGUGCUACUA